CAACAAACGGUUCGUUUGAAUCGCACAUCUUUAGACCGCCCAGUAGUGCGAUAUGCGCAUUCCUUUUGGCUUCCUGAAGUGACUUUUUUUCUGUCGGAGAGGGUCCAACAUCACUGUACCACCAGCUAUGAUGUUUUCCGGACUGUCUUGAAAUAAAGCGUCUUCCUGACCUCCAUUGCUGCCAGAAUGUCCUCCAUAGAUCCCUAUCAGUACAUCAUAGUCGAGCAUCAGUAUUCUCACAGACUGAAAGUAAUUGUUGUGAGAGCUGAAAAUGUGACGAAAGGAGCAUUUGGGGAUUUAUUGGAUACCCCGGACCCUUAUGUGGAACUGUCCAUACCAACCACUCCAGAGUCAAGAAAACGAACACGCCACAUAAAUAACGACAUCAACCCGAAGUGGAAUGAAACAUUUGAAUUCAUAUUGGAUCCCAAUCAACCCAAUGUUUUGGAGAUGACACUGAUGGACGCUAAUUAUGUCAUGGACGAAACUCUGGGCACAACUAAAUAUUCCCUCACGAAGCUCAAAGUGGGGCAUACAGAGCAUGUGACCCUAUCUAUUGGCAAGACGACAAAAGUGUUCCUCGACUUGUUCUUAGAAGUGUGUGCGUCCACGGACUUGCGCUUCAGCAUGGCACUGUGUGAUCAGGAGAAACUCUUCAUGCAGACCCGCAGGGACAGAGUCAUGCUCGGCAUCAAAAAGCUUCUCAAAAUGGAAAACCCACGCUUCCUUCCAGCAUCACCUAGAGAAGUUCCCACCAUCGCCAUUUUGGGUUCUGGAGGUGGUUUCCGUGCAAUGGUUGGUUUCUCUGGUGUGAUGAAGGCUCUGUAUGAAUCUGGGGUGCUUGACUGUGCAACUUAUGUGGCAGGGCUUUCUGGAUCAACAUGGUAUAUGUCCACGCUGUACUCACACCCUGAGUUUCCAGCUAAGGGCCCAGGGGAUAUUAAUAUGGAGCUGAUGAACAGGGUCAGCAGUAACCCGCUCAAACUGCUCCUGCCCCAAAAUGUCAACCGCUAUGUUAAAGCGCUGUGGAAGAAGAAAUCGGCCGGACAGCCCGUCACCUUCACUGACAUCUUCGGGAUGUUGAUUGGAGAGACUCUCAUACCAGGGAGAAUGGACACUAAACUGAGCUCCAUGCAGGCAAAGAUUAAUGAAGGUCAGAGCCCACUUCCUCUCUUCACCUGUCUGCACGUCAAACCGGAUGUCUCUGAGCUCAUGUUCGCAGACUGGGUGGAGUUCAGCCCAUAUGAGAUUGGGAUGGCCAAAUCCGGCACCUUCAUGUCUCCUGGGCUGUUUGGGAGCAAGUUCUUCAUGGGCAGCGUUGUGAAACAAUAUGAGGAAAACCCCCUACAUUUCCUCAUGGGCGUAUGGGGCAGUGCUUUCUCCAUCCUCUUCAACCGGGUUCUGGGGGUGAAGGAGACAACCAGCAGUAGCACAAUGGAAGAGGAGCUGGAGCAAAUUAAACCAGAGCAUAUUGUGGGCGAUGAUUCGGCAGAUAAUGAAGAGGAAACUCAGAGGGGAGGCACAGAGAGCGCCGAGGCAGAAGAUGAGCGAGAGCGUCAUGCCCAGGCUAGCUGGGUUCAGCGCAUGUUGACCUCCAUAAUGGGGGACACCACCCUGUUCACCACACGCGAGGGCCGCGCCGGCAAGGUGCACAACUUCAUGCUGGGACUCAACCUCAACUCUACCCUGCCCUUCUCUCCCUUCUGCGGCCUCAUGAACCAGACCUCAGUGGAGGAGGAGGUUGAUGCUGUUACAGAUCCUGACGAGUUUGAGCGAAUCUACGAGCCCCUAGAUGUGAAAAGUAAAAAAUUCCACGUGGUGGACAGCGGUCUUACAUUCAACCUGCCCUAUCCUCUCAUACUGAGGCCACAGAGAGGAGUUGACCUCAUCAUUUCCUUCGACUUCUCAGCCAGGCCCAGUGACUCCAGCCCUCCAUUCAAAGAACUACUGUUGGCUGAAAAAUGGGCCCGUAUGAAUAAGCUGCCGUUCCCUAAGAUCGAUUCGAAAGUGUUUGACCGAGAAGGUCUGAAAGAGUGCUAUGUGUUCAAACCCAACAAGGGAGACAAGAGCUGUCCCACCGUCAUUCAUUUCGUCUUGGCCAACAUCAACUUUCGGAACUUUAAAGCCCCAGGAGUUCCCAGAGACACAGACAAGGAGAUAGAGAUUGGCGACUUUGAUAUUUUUGACGAUCCUGCCUCUCCCUACUCUACUUUCAACUUCCAAUACUCCAACCAGGCCUUCAAGAGGCUUCAUGACCUCAUGGAGUUCAACACACUCAACAACAUUGAGGUUAUAAAAGAAGCGAUUAAAGACAGCAUUAUGCAGAGACGAGAGAACCCCUCACGCUGCUCGGUUUCCCUAUCACUCAGUGAAAUUGAAAACAAGAAGUUCCUGAAACGAGAUACCAGCAUUGCAAAAUAACACACCUAACAGAUAGCUGCAAAAGAGCUACACAAAAGACACCGGAGCUGGUUCUCAUUCAGCUCUUUCCUGAGAAUGGCUGAGCAGAUUCAUCAGACAAGACUGGACUGACUUUAUUACAGGGUCAUUUCUAUGCUGCAUUCCAGACAACUUUCAAUUCUUCCACCUUCUACUUAAAGAGAAUCACUGGAAAGGAAGCUUUUGGUCAGAAUUUUUGGUCCAAUUUUUUUAACCAACCAGGGUUACCUCAAUUCAACACCACAUUUAUCAAUUAUUCUAAAAUAACCGUUACGAACCCCAACUGGCAAAUAAAAUGACAUUCCGUUGGUUAUUUUGAAGUACAGGUCGGCAAGUCCAAAAACCCAGGAGGUCUGGAACGGAUCAUGGCUGGAAUGCUGGUGGGAAACAGAAGAUUUCAAUUCAAGUCUUUCCACCUAUGACUUUGAGGAACAUCUAUGGAAUACGUGACUCUAGUGCACAAAACCUGUCAUAAGUAGCACAGGUAUAUUUAUAGAUAUAGCCGGCAAUACAUUGUAUGGGUCAAAAUGAUUGAUUUAUCUCUUCUAUGCUAACAAUCAUUACGAUAUGCCAACCGCAAAUAUAUAAACACCAUUUUUGAUUAGCAGUAUGCAUUGCUAAGGACUUAAUUUUGGACAACUCAAAAGGCAUUUUUCCCAAUAUAUAUAUAUAUAUAUAUAUAUAUUUUUUUUUUUUUUUUUUUUUUUUGGCACCUGCAGAUUCCAGAUUUUCAAAUAAUUAUAUAUCAGGCAAAUAUCGUCAUAUCCUAACUAUCCUAAUUUAUGCAGAUUUCAGGUGAUGUAUCUGAAAUCUCAAUUUUUAAAAACUGACCCUUAUGGUUCUGCGGUCCUGGGUCACAAAAAUGAGUUGUCUAUGUGGUGAAAUAAACACUGCACUCUCAUUGGUCGCUAAAAGCAUUAUCAAAUUAGCCAAAAUAUCUAAUAAACAAACACAAUGGGCAGGGGACGUGAAGAACUUUACAACAAUCAGGACCGUCUCCCAACAACUGUUCUUGAAUCCCAACGUGCUUACAAAUCUGUCUGCGUACUUCUCUACGGGUUUCAAGGAACCAAGUACCGGCAGAUUUGUUUUCACUUGACAUUUUAGCAGUAAAUACUUUUCUUCGAGUAAUUGACAGUCUCGGCGGCGGCCCGAGCCUCGGGACACGCUGUUCCUCGUGUGUUUUACCGAUGUGAUAAGAAAACGAUUCAUGCUCUCUGUUCAGUUCUACCGUGACGCACCUUAUGACCGCUAGAUGGUUAGCCAUGCCUUCAGGACAGGAUUCAUCUCAUAUUUUAGCGAAAGAUUCAUAGCUUAGGAACUGGAUUCAGCUGCUUCUAUUUAUUUUGCUUACAAAUGUCGUCUCCUGCCCCAAGGGGUGAAAGGUAAAAUGCCAUCUUCCACCUCCCACGCAGGACUCCACCUUCUUAUGAGGCAUCAGGAACAAUGACACGAUGGGACAUGUUCUCGAUCUCGUUUCCUGUCUGUAUCGCAUUCAGCCUAUUUGUGGCACAUAUAGAUCUAACUUCGCACAUUAUCAUUCCUCUGGUUUGCAUACUUCAUUAUCGAUUUUAUUGUAUACAAGAUUAUUUAUUUGUAUGCUUACCGUGCAGUUGCUGUGCUUUAAAAUUCAUUUUACAGUUUGUGCGUCCCAGAAUCAAGCAUUUUAAGUAAAUGUCAAUUGGAAAAAAAGUGCUUAAAGCAUAAAACUGAACUGAGGUCAGUAGGAUAAAGGUGGCAGGUAGAUACCAGAAAGACAGGUUGUGUGUUUAAAAUAGACCUAAGAAUUAGAGUGCACUUUAGGUCCAGAAUAAAUGUCUAUUAGUGCACAUUCCUUGCUGUUUGUUGUCUGUACAGGUACACAUCGACGUAAUCAUUGUGAAUGAUAUAGAUUCUUUUAAAGCGGGCAUGUACUGUAUUUUUGUAUGAUUCAUGUAUACACAAUAGUAUGUCAUGUACAUUUAAGUAACGUUACCGGCCUGUGUGGUGUUGUGCAUAAACAUAAUAAAAAGGAUAUUCAUGCAGA